CGACUUAACAGGAGCGAGGGGCGCGUCGAUAUCCACACAGCGAGGCGAGCGGCGCUUCGGGUGCAGCAGCAAGGUGCGGAGCGGGGAGACACAUCCAGCACGCGCGCUCAGCUCACGGGGUUUGCGGCGCAGUGUUUUUGCGUGGCGCGGCCGGGGAUCGGACCUUUUUAAAACCAUGCUGGAUUGACCGCCAAGAAGCAAACCCCACAAUCAAUGGCUUGGCUUUGAAAUCGUUGAGCAUUUAUUGGAAAGGAGCGCGAGACAGAGCGACAGUGGGGAGAGCGAGAGAAGCGAGAUAGAGAGAGAGUGAGAGAGAGAGAGAGUGAGAGGGAGAGAGAGUGGCGAGUGUGGUGGAAAUAAAGAUCAUUUUUGACCAGCGAUGGAGCUUACAAUGGAAAACAUCGGAAAUCUGCACGGCGUAUCUCACGCCCAUCAAACGAGUGACUUAAUGAACUCCCCGCACGCGCGCCAGUCGUCGGCGUCGCAUCGGAACUUGGUGUCGCACGGACGCUCGGCCAUGGUGUCCAGCAUGGCCUCGAUACUGGAGGGAGCCGGGGACUACCGCACCGACCACGCGCUCUCAGGGCCCCUGCAUCCGGCCAUGACCAUGUCGUGCGACUCCGGGAUGAGCCUGAGCAGCACCUACACCACGCUGACGCCGCUGCAGCACCUGCCCCCCAUAUCCACCGUCUCGGAGAAAUUUCACCACCCGCACCCGCACGCUCACCAUCAUCCGGCGCACCAAAGACUCGCAGCAGGGAAUGUUAGCGGCAGCUUCACCCUGAUGAGAGAUGACCGAAGCCUCGCCUCCAUGAGUAACCUUUAUGGCCACUACCCCAAAGACAUGUCCGGCAUGGGGCAGCCCCUGUCUCCCCUCUCAAACGGUCUAGGGUCUCUGCACAGCUCCCAGCAGACUCUUGGCGCCUAUGGUCCUGGAGCUCACCUCUCCAAUGACAAAAUGCUCUCGUCGGGGGGGUUCGAGUCCCACGCAGCCAUGCUGUCCAGGGGUGAGGAGCAUCUGGCUCGAGGUCUCGGGGGCCACGGGGCCGGGCUCAUGACAUCCUUGAACGGCAUCCACCAUCACAGCCAUCCGCACUCUCAGGCAAACGGAUCCAUGCUGUCAGAGCGGGACAGACAGACGGUGGUGGGAGGUGGGCAGGGAGCCGGGUCAGGGCAGGUGGAGGAGAUUAACACCAAGGAGGUGGCGCAGCGGAUAACGGCGGAGCUCAAGCGCUACAGCAUCCCGCAGGCCAUCUUUGCUCAGAGGAUCUUGUGCCGGUCCCAGGGAACUCUGUCCGACCUGCUGCGGAACCCUAAACCGUGGAGUAAGCUCAAGUCUGGCCGGGAGACGUUCAGAAGGAUGUGGAAGUGGCUCCAGGAGCCCGAGUUCCAGCGGAUGUCAGCGCUCAGGCUUGCAGCCUGCAAGCGCAAAGAGCAGGAGCAACACAAGGACCGCAACACAGCGCCCAAGAAACAGCGUCUGGUCUUCACCGACCUGCAGCGGCGCACACUCAUCGCCAUCUUCAAGGAGAACAAGCGUCCCUCCAAGGAAAUGCAGAUCACCAUCUCCCAGCAGCUGGGCUUGGAGCUCAGCACCGUCAGCAACUUCUUCAUGAAUGCACGUCGCCGCUGCGUAGACCGCUGGCACGAUGACCAUGGUACCAGCCCAGGGCAGCCGGGCACAUCCACUACCACCUUCUCAAAGGCCUGA